AUGGAUGGAUAUCCGCUGGGAAGCCUUGAUCACAAUGUGCCUUUGAUUAUUUUCUCAGGCUUGACGUCGAGCUCCUCCGAGAUCGAGCUCGAUGCGACACUGCGAGAAGAAGCGGCGCUUCUUCGCUCCGAUCUGCCCCCCUUGGACAGUAAAGAGGCAGAGCUCCUGGAAGAGCACUUUGGAAAUGUAGACAGCGAAGGGCAAUCGUGGACUGCGGUUUCAAGAGAAGAUUCAUACCGGCUCCGCAUAAAAACCGUAGGACGAACGUAUCCCUUGCCGCCGAAGCGCGCGUCCCUUCCAGAAGAUGCUGAACCGACGAGGCCGAACCCUAUGCUGCACUCACCAUUCUCACCGCUUAGCCCAGCCUCGACGUUGUAUCCAGACGGCUUGAUGAAUGCGCAGUGGAUACAAAAGCACCAGGAAUUAGUGCCCAGCGUGUUUGCCUGCUGUUAUUGCUUGACGAACGAUUCGGCUUCAGCAACUUUGCAAGAUAAUCGACUAAAGGCGGACAUAAACAGUAUCAAAGCGACCUUGACAGAAACUGGCUACAAGACACGUUUAGCUGUCCUUUUCGUGCAGCGCGAAGGAGACGGAAGUUCGCCCUCCAUCACCGACCAGAUUUCCGAACGACUCGAAAAUAUUCGAAAGGGCACCGCCAUGGACCCCAAAGCAAUAUUCUACAUUCACCCCCAAGAUUCACCGUCGGACCUGAAACAAGUUGCAGACAGCAUCCUGGCUAGUCUUUACGGAACCGCCAUUGAGUAUUAUAGAGACCUCGGCCGUCAUUCGCGGAAGAAGCGAUCGCGCGGUGUCGUACCACAACCGACAGUUCCACCCACAUCUGGCACCUCUCAGACCCUUUCAAUGCCGGAUUGGAGCUUUCGAUAUGAUUUCAAAACCGCCGUCUUCUCGGAAUUCAGACAAGAGUUUGACCCUGCUAUCCGAUCGUUUGAGCAAUCAUACGAGAUACUGCUGGGCCAGGAUGUAAUGGAUACGAUACCAAGUUGGAGCCCUCGCUGGAAUGAGGCGCGCUUACUUGCCGACAUUAUUUCAAUACGCUGUCUAAGGCUGCAUCUUUGGAUGAAUCAGCCAAGCCUAGCAGUGCGUCGCUGGCAGGCGCAUCGAGAUCGCAUUGGGGAUUUGGUUGACAGCAGAGGAAAAGGAACGAAUAACUACGGGUGGCAAGCCUGGGAAGCGCGCUGGGCCCUGGUUAUGGCUCAGCUCAUAGAAAGGGUUGAGCUGCCAGACCUCGCACCGUCGACGAUGAACCUCUUUUUGCAGCCCGAAAAGGCUGUUCUCGGGGAACGGCUACACCCAUGGGAGCUCCUUCACCAUACAGGCUACUGGUAUCGUAUCGCGGCUCGCCAUAUUGGCGCACGACGGACUCUUGCUUUGAUGAUAGCAGAUGAAGACCGUGCGCCGCCGAACGGGUCAAAUGUGAAGGACUCGCAACAUUAUGACACAUAUCUGUGCCCGCCGCCCUAUAAAGAGAACCCCGUAGAAGGGGAGGGCGUGGACCAUGCACAGCUGAUCAUAGACUGCUUAAUUGCGGCUCGCACUCAAUACCAAGGACGAAAACAACUACGCAUAGCUGCUGAGCUAUCUCUCGAAUGUUCUCGUGAGAUGGCUCGACUGGAAACCUGGCAGGACGUGCUAGCAAUGCUGCGACCGCUGUGGGAAGACUUGUCGUUUCGCAGUGAAAAUUGGGUUGAUAUAUCGGAAGAGCUAUGUUGGUUGAUGCGUCGGGCUGCUGUUGCGGCUGGUCGAGGCGAGCUUGUAGUGGCCAUUGACUGGGAGCUUCUUAACAAGAAAUUCUCAAGGCGCCCGUACUGGCACUAUGACCUUGACAAAAGCCUCGAUGGCAUGAAGCUGGAAGACAAGCCCUCGGUGGAUGUUUCUGACGGAUCAGCGACUGGCUUCAUUUCCACUUCGUUUGUGUUCCAAAACAAGGAGAGCAAAGCAGGAGACUUUUGCACAGCUCAAUUGUCGCUUCUGUCCAACGCUAUGCCUGGCUCUGCGCCUGUUACUCUAUCAAAAGUGCGAGUCGAGUUCGAGGGCAGCUUGAAGCCAAUAACGCUGGAGCAUGCGUCUUCGGGCGAGAAAAGAACGGGCCGCCCAAUAUCGAUCCGUCAGGUGAGACUAGACGAAGAAUUCUCUGAGGAUUCUGAGGAAGAUCUGCCGACAAAGCUGCAUGGCACCUGCGACUUGACGCUAGAAGCGGGACAGCGACUUGUCAUUGAGAUGGCGAUUCCGUUGCGAGAAGCCGGGGUCGUUGAGCCCCUGUCUGUUGCACUCCAUGUGGAAACCAAAGCUUUUGACCUGGGCCUGACGCUUCCAUUCAGAGAGACGGAUGCGGCAGUCGGAUGGUUCACUCCAGGCUCUACGAAAGCUCGCAACGUUCGCGCCGAUUCAAGAUCAUUGAGCAUUCAGCCCCGUCCGCCAAAGUUGGAUAUUAAGAUUGCUCGACAAUUGCAGCAAUAUUAUGCAAAUGAACCGAUUGUGUUGAAUGCUGUGCUACAGAACAACGAAGACGAGGCAGCCACGGCGAAGCUGGACAUUCACGCAUUCGGCAAAAUGAUACCAAUUCUUCGCGUUCACGCGGGCGGCAAAGACCACGCUACCGAUGCUCAAGCUGAAGAAGAGUCCGAGCUUAGUGGUAUCAGCCUAGGCAAAAUCGAAAGCUCGGCAUCGCGCGAAAUUGUCCUCGAGAUUGACCCGAUCAACAGCCCGAUGUCAUAUGAAGUCCAACUGAGAGCAACAUAUCACCUGGAAACCGAUUCGGCCACGCCUAUUAUACAAGUGUACUCAGUCCAGCUUACCUUGGUCAGUCCCUUUGAAGCAAAUUAUGACCUUGUUCCAAGACUGCAUCCCGAGCCAUGGCCAAGCCUGUUUAAUGCAGAAGGCUUGGAUGAUAUCGAUGAAGAGGAUGGGAAGCAGCGGAAGCCCAUUGGACUCACUCAGCGUUGGUGCCUGCUAUCGCACUUCGCUUCAUUCGCGCAAGAGAAUGUUCGGGUCCUGGAUACAGAGGUGGAGGUGACUGACUGCGUUAGUGGCGCACGCUGCAGGGUGAAAAAGCUUACUGGCAUCACGGAAGCCGAGGGGCUCUUGAUUGAGCCAAAGACGAUGCAUGAGUCACAAUUCGAAAUUGAAGCCCAGAAAGUGCAGCUAGAAGAUCGGAGCCCCGUUUCGAUCGAUCUAGCUUUCAAGAUCAAGUGGCGUAGAGCAGACUCGACACCUGAAACAUCACCAAACACGACAACCAUGCCUGUGGGUCGAUAUCUGGUACUGGGAUCGGAACCGCGCGUGCUGGCGACUGCCUGGCACGGAGAGCCGGACGAGACCAGCACCAUGCAGCUGGACAUUACGAUUGAGAACCCGUCGCAUCAUCUGCUCACCUUUGGACUCACAAUGGACCCGAGCGACGAGUUUGCCUUUUCCGGAGCCAAGCAGACAACAUUGCAUAUGCUGCCCAUGUCGCGGCGGACAGCAACGUACCGGCUCCUGCCAUACAGGAGAGGCUGCUAUAUUCGGCCAGGAUUGGUGGUGAGGGACAAGUACUUUCAAAAGGUGCUCCGCAUCAUUCCGACAGAAGACAUGAAGAUUGAUAAAGACGGACUUUUGGUGUGGGUUCCAGGACUGGGAGAGGAUGGGGAGCAAAGUGAGGAGGAGACUGAAGACGAGCAGCAAUAG